AUGAAACGCAACCUUAUUGAACCGAUGAAAAUGAAGAAGGUGCUGUCCUACGAAUUUGUGGACUGCGAUGCCGGUCGCAAGUGUCUCUCCGGACUGGAGACCACCCGUAAGGAGGCUCGCCGCUACAACCUGGAUGCUUCCAUUCAUCUUGUAAUCACGACCGACGUCGGCACCCUCCACGUGAAAACCCUGGCCGGGUUUAUCUUUGACGGCCGCAGCGGCCCUGAAAUCGUGGACCGUUUCGUUCCGAACCUCGGAACCAUUGACGAAAGGGUGGCCUGGCUGAUGCACGACGCCCUCGGAUACGGCCAGUCGCUAGCAUUCAAGCCGACAAACAGGAUCCUACGCUAUUUCCUGCGAGACGUCUGCAAGUACGGCCCCGCAAAGUCCUACCUUGUGGAACUUGCGGUCGGCGCCUCCAGGAGCUGGUACGGCCCUCCGAAGCGGACGGAGUGGUGCUACGCGAAUACAUUCGUGUACACGAUCAAUGGCGAGACGCCAGGCAAGAAGAACGAGAACCGCUUCAACCUCAAGGGAGUGUCCUUCAAGAGCGACCGGUUCCGGGAAUGGCACCGCAACGCCCUAAGGACGCUACGAUUUUCGCAACGUCCGGCCUCUCCGCUUCAAUGCGCCCGCAUACGCAUCGAGUUCUUCCACUCGGACCUGCGCCGCCGCGACGGCGAUAAUUCCCUGGCGAGCAUCCAGGACCUUCUGCAGGACGCGAACAUCAUCGUUGACGACAACUGGACGCGAAUCGGGACGCCGGAGGUUUUGCACGAUGUCUUUAUCCAUCCUUACUGCAGGAUAACGGUGGAGGAGACGGAGCCGGUCGAUUGGGAAGGCAAGGUCAAGGCCAUGCGCCGGGAAUUCAACAAAAGGAACAAGGAGAAUCUGAAGAAUGGUAGCCGUUAA